AUGUUUCGCAUAAUUCCUGUUACACAGCCCACUGCAGACACUAAACACCCACUACUGCAACUACUGGCUGGCCAUGGAGAUCGAUACUUCUUUGGCAAGAUCCCCGAGGGUGCACAGCGAGCUUGUAUUGAGGGCAAGGCUCGCUUAUCUCGACUUAACAAUAUAUUUUUGACGGGCGAGAUGGACUGGGCCAGCAUAGGAGGGCUGCCAGGCAUGAUACUGACGGCUUCUGACCAAGGUAAUAAGAACAUGCGGCUGACGUAUGGGUCAGCGCUUUUAGGCUAUGUCGUGAGCACCUGGAGAUAUUUCGUGUUCCGCUUCGGAAUGGACCUUGAUGUUAAUACUAUGAAAGACGGGGAGACAUAUCGGGAUGAACUAAUAUCAGUGAAGGCUUUAAACGUUCGGCGACCUGGUAUGAUGGGAAUCGAGCCCCUGGGCAAGGCGGCGGUACAACAGUUUAAGUUCCUGGCGGAACGCAUGUUCCCUAUGCUUGCUCCUACAGCUUAUCAGGAUCCCUCCUCUGAUCCAGAGCUCUCUAUGCGGUUACCAAAGGAUACUAUGCUUCAAGUCUCAACGUCAUAUGAGAUAACCUUCAACCCAGUCAGAGGAAAGUUUGAUGCUAAAGAGGCUGCUAGGUUAGGGGUGCCUGGCGGGCCGGUGCGCCGCGAACUUGCAGAAGGACGGAGCAUCACUCUGGCGGAUGGUACUGUUAUAACGCCUGAGCAGGUUGUACACAAACAACGGGAAUUUGCUAGGGUGUUGAUCCUCGAUGUACCUAGCGAUGACUAUAUCCCAGCCUUCUUCGAAAAAUUUGCUGAUUACAAUGUGGAAGGGUUAGGUGCAGUGUACUACCUUCUGGGAUCAGAGGUAACAGUUUCUAACGAAUUAAUACGCUUUAUGGAACUCUUUGAUGGUAAGACUGUAAAACAUUUUGUUUCUCAUGAUACUAUAACACCGAAUAAUAUCUCGUUCUGGGACUCAAGUGUAACGAUGUUGAAGCUUAAAACAUUGCAGCCUUCUUCUUACAACAUUCCGUUUACUGAUCGUACCCUUUCUGGGGAUUUCUACAGAUGCUUUGAUAAACAGCUCCCAGUGGAUGCCGUGGUGGAUAAUACCAGUGAAUCUCCAUUUAGCUCAACCAUUGAAAGCUCUCGUGUCUUUAUCUACUCUACCCGUGUAACUGCUAGCAUUGAGCCAUAUACGCCUGGAGAUGAACCCUUGAAGAUAAACAUUACAGAGUCACCGGACAGGUACCAGUCAUGGGAAGAAGUUUACCAGAAACGUAUAGAGCCCUUGAAGAUUGAGAAUUCAAACUUACAUGAUGUCGUGACAUCGCAAAAAGAAGUGGAUAAUUUCAACACUGAAGGCAAGAGAAGAGAUGUAGAGAUUAUGACCUUGGGUACGGGCAGUGCUCUUCCUUCUAAGUACAGAAAUGUUAUUUCGACCUUACUCAAAAUCCCAUAUGACGCUGAUGGACGCAUUCUUAAUAGGAAUAUUAUCCUAGAUGCUGGUGAAAAUACACUGGGCUCGAUCCAUAGGUUACUACACAAAGUUAAAAUACCGAGAUUUUUCAGAGACUUGAAGAUGAUAUACUUGAGCCAUCUACAUGCUGACCAUCAUCUAGGGAUAGCCUCGCUGCUAAAAGAAUGGUACCUACACAACAAGGAGGAUCCAGAGGCGAAGAUUUAUUUGGUAGCUCCAUGGAAGUAUGAUACCUUUAUUGAAGAGUGGUUCACCUUGGAAGACCGUAGUAUACUAGAAAGGGUUAACUAUAUCAGCUGUGAGCACUUUUUAGAUGGGCCGAAAAGGAAACCACAGGGUUACCAGCCAAGUUUGGGUUAUCCUGAAGAAAUCGAUACCACUGCGCGCAACAGGUUGAAUCUUCUUGUUGAAAAGAAUGGGGAAAAGAGGAGGUAUGUCUCUGAUAAUUCUACGGUAAAUAUACCGUGGAGACACAUUCGGAAUAUGCAGAAGGACCUGCAGAUUGCAUCAUUCAAGACUUGCCGUGCGAUACACUGCGAAUGGGCGUAUUCGAACGCAAUCUCUUUCUACGUCGGUAGCUCUUCGAAGGAGCAGUUUAAGGUAUCAUAUUCUGGAGACACGCGGCCGAACUUUGACAAGUUCGCGAAGGGGAUUGGGAAGCAUUCUGACCUUUUGAUCCACGAGGCGACGCUUGACAAUGAGCUACUCGCGGACGCAAAGAAGAAGAAGCACAGCACUAUCAAUGAAGCUAUUUCUGUCUCAAAUACCAUGGGCGCGAAGAAGGUGAUACUAACGCAUUUUUCCCAGCGUUAUCCUAAGGCACCGCAAAUUUCUGGCAGCUUAGAGGUUAAAGCAGAGGCAUGCUGCUAUGCCUUUGACGGUAUGAUUAUAAACUAUAAGAGCCUUGGUCAACAGGUUACAAAGCUCAGGUACCUAAGAGGGCUUUUCGCAGAGGAGGAAGACAUAGAAUCGGGUCAAGACUAA